CCAAACCACAUGGUGCCUCACUCAAUCCCUUUUCCUCCUCGUCUCCCCCCUCUCUCGUACGCUGCCGCCACCGUCUAGGGUCCCAAUUCACACCGCCUCCGCUGCUGCCGCCGCCGCUGCCGCUGAGGGCCAUCGGAGGGCCCAUCCCUCCUUCCAUGUGGAUCCACCGCCAAAGUCGUCCCUCCUUCCACCAGCUGGAACCCCAGUCGCGAGCGUGUGAUCCUCCUUCCACCGAUCACCGAGUGAGGCCACCUCGCCCGCUCCUUUCCAUGGCGCCACUGCCCCAACCCAUGCCCAACUCCCUCUUCCCUCCUUUCCAUGGCAGCAGAUCUGGGGGGGGGGGCAAGGGCCCUUCGCUUUCGGUGGUCUGAAGCGAGGCACGCGGCCUCUGCUCCCUCCGCAUCCAGCCAACUAGCCACUAGGAACAUGGCGGCAAUGAAUGGGAAGAAGAAGGCCAUUCACAAGACCACGGCCACUGAUGACAAAAGGCUUCAAAGGACCUUGAAAAGUGUAGGAGUGAACACCGUUCUUGGUAUCAAAGAGGUCAGCAUUGUCAAGGAUGACGUAGUUACCCAGUUUCGAAUUCAGAAGUGCAAGAAUCCAUCACUUCAAACACCUAGGUUGUCUGUGGAACACCACGGACUAAAAAUCCCACUGCGUCGCCUUUCUCCCAACGGCUGCGCCGAUCGACCCGUACCUCUAACCAAUUGAUUCGGCAACACAGAGAGGAUGCUUCAAAGAAGCGUGAUGAGGAAAAAGCCGACAAGACGAGGCUUUCAUUUUCAGGCUUGUAGCUAGGAUCAAACCGAAGAAGUUCCUCCUCUGCAAGUUUUCCAAUCUUCAUAUUUCCACGGAUCUCACAUUCUCUCAUAAGAGAAGCCCAGACCACACUAUUUGCUUUGAAAGGCACGUUCGGGAUAAAAUGGUAAUAUUUGGGAGAGGAUGACUAAUCUAAUCUUGCCAACAUGCUCAUAUAUGUUUGUUGACUUUGACCUGGAUGCCGGUGACACUCUUUUUCAUUCAGUUUGGAGUUGGUUUGCAUUGUUUCUGCAAAAGAAAUUUGUCUGAAUGUCGUAAAGAACAGUUGGUCAUGACUCAUAUGGGUUACAGUGCAUCAUAUGUACUCUGCCCCUACACAAUAUAUAUCUCAUUAAUUAUUUCCAUGGUAUCAUAAGUCAAGGAAUAAUUUGUUUUAUUGUUUUCUGAUGUGAACUAUAUGAUAUGCACAUUUCACUCCGUUUGUGCUAUUUUCUACUCUAAUUUACAUGUCGAUAUUCUAGUUUUCUGAAUCUUAAUCCAGUAACUGUAAAUAGGUCUUGAGCGCUAGUUUUGUAUGUGAGUAGUCACAUGAUGGUGGCAUUAUUCUGAACAUGCCCAAUUUUUAUAAUAGUAAAAUCCCAGUUUGUUUUUUGCCAUUCAUGUUUUAUACAAUUACUGUUUUUGCCAUUAUCUCUAUGAAUGAAUGAAGUCACCGGUGGCUUUUUUAUUCU